AGUCUGAGCUGCAUCUGCCAGAGCUUCUAGUCCUGCUCUGACUGCCCUCAACCUACGGGAAGAUGAAGGUCUCUCCAGCCGUUUUUGCUCUUCUCCUCAUUGCAGCCUCUUGCUCCCAAACUUUCUCUGGCCCAGUUGGAUCCGACCUCCGAAUCUGCUGCUUCUCUUACACACACCACAAACUCCCGCAGAGGCUCGUCCUGCGUUAUUACAGCACCAGCACCACUUGCACCCUGCCAGCCAUUGUGUUCAUCACAAAGAAAGGGCGCCAGGUCUGUGCCAAUCCCAGUGACACCUGGGUUCAAAGUUACCUGCAAAAUUUGAAGCAGAACUGAGCAAAGCAAGAUGGCAAGCGUAACUGCUGUCAUGCACAAGUCGCGUUAUCCUGAGCUCCUCCGAUGGAGCAGGACACUGGGGCAACAGGAGCUGCACAAGCCCAUGUCAUCUGCAGGCAGCUCCAAGGGACUGCUGGAAGGACACCACGAGACACCUUGUGUUGGGGUGCUACUGCUUGCCCUCAGCUUGCACGGACCAGUCUGCAACCCCAUCCCUCUGCCCUGACACCUCCACCUGUGGCCUGGGGAGGCUCAUGGGACUGCACCUCUAUAGUUCUUACAUUAUUUUAAAUUAUUUAAGAAAUUGUCAUAUGGUAUAGGCAGUACUUUCUUCUGUGGAUAAUAAUGCUAUUUAUGGGAG